AUGGAUCCCCUCUCCAUCACCGCCAGUGUAAUCACCGUUGUCACCCUAACCGGCCAACUAAUAUCUCUCGGUUACUCCUACGGCGUCGGUGUCUCGGGAUGUCCUCAAGAACUCCGAGACCUAACAACGGAACUGAUAUCCUUCAGUACAAUCCUCGGCGCCGUAAGGAGUGUGCUAGACCCUACUCAAAACCCCACCGCGGGGCCACAUCCGACGCUGAUUGGGAACUCCCUGCAAAAUAACCUCGAUGAGUGCGCUACGCAGUUGGGGAAACUCUUGCUGUUCUUGCAAAAGUAUCAGGACCCGGCGGAUGGGAAGGUGAAGAAGGUUGUGAAGAGGAUGAUGUGGCCGUUGAAAGAGCAGGAGACCAAAGAGUGGAUUGCGAGGAUUGAGGGAUAUAAGAGCACAUUUUCGUUGGCGUUGUCAACGGAUGGGUUGUAUGUCUUGAAUCCUCCCCCUCUACUUUCUGCGGGUGCAUUAAAGGGUUGUGGGGCUGACUCGUGCGUGGCUUUAGACAUCUUUCGCGGGUUAUAUCGGUGAAUGUACUCGAGCUGAAGAAGGACCAAGAGGAGGAGAGGAGAUUGGCGGUUUUGAAGAGGAAAGGUUGCUACCCCGGAGAAUUUUCCCCGCUGUGCUUUCUAAUCGUGAGGGUGGUUACUGCAGGUGACAAGUUCCUUAAGACACUGAAUUGGCUUUCACCAGCGGAUCGUUGGAGAAACUAUGAUGCGGCGUGCAUGCUGAGAAAUCCGGGGACGGGUGGGUGGGUGACGGAGAGGGAUGGUUUCAAGGAGUGGUUGAAGAAGGAUAAUUCAAUGCUCUGGAUUCAUGGCAUUCGUGCGUCCUCAAUACCACUACUGCUAUCUGGCAUCAGUUCUCGGAGGCUAACUUCAGCAACUACCAGCUGGCUGCGGAAAAACCAUCCUAUCGUAAGUGCUCAAACAAACCACUUCAAUGCACUUCUAACACCGGUCCAGAUCAAUAAUAAUCGACAAAAUCCAGGACGAAAUCGAGCAAACCGACACGGAGCUAAUAUACUACUACUUCGACUUCAAGGAAGCCACCAAGCAAACUUCUCGCGACCUCUACGGAAACCUAAUCUCCCAACUCCUCGAGAAUGAUAGCGAAGUUUCUCCUGAGGUUGAAAGGCUUCACGACGAUGCCAACGGCAACCCACCGCAACUCGACGACCUAAAAGAAGCCCUUAUAAAACUCUUAGCAGCCCGGCCAAAAACCAUCAUAGUAAUCGACGCACUAGAUGAGUGCCAGGACCGUUCAGAGAUCCUUGACAGCUUAUUGAAACUCCACGAGCCGGCGAGCGGGAAGGUUAAUCUUCUUAUCACCAGUCGACAGGAAGAAGAUAUCAAGCGGGCAUUCUCGGGAUUCCCCAAUAUAGCGAUCAAACCGGCGGAUAUCAAGGAUGAUAUCAAGAAGUUCAUCACAACUGAGAUGGAGCGCCAGCCAAAGCUUCGGCGUCUGCCCCCACACAUGAAAGCGGAGAUCAUGAACGCCUUGUCAAUUGGCGCUGAUGGAGUGUGCGAUACAUUCCCCCCAUCCCCUUCCCUUCUAUCACAUCAGACGGCGCAACUCACUGACAGGCACGGGUUAUAGGUUCCGCUGGGCAAAACACUCCCUAGAACGUGUCGCUCGCCAACGCACCAACAAAGCCAUAAGAUCCACCCUCCAUGCCCUCUCCCGCAACAUGGACCAAACCUACGAACUCGCACUCACAAAAAUCCCCCCGGAAGACGCCAUCCUCGCCCAGCGUAUUCUACAAUGGCUCGUAUGCUCCUUCAGGCCACUGACGCUUGAAGAACUUGUCGAGGCCAUAGCAAUAGAUCCCGGAGCUUGCACACUCGAUCGGACAACCCUUCUCAACGACCCCGAGGACAUAAAAGAGAUAUGUGCUGGCCUAGCUAGUCUCGGUGACGACGGGAAAACCGUCGGGCUUGCCCACUUUUCCGUAAAAGAGUACCUGAUAUCCCCGCAAAUCGCGAGCAGUCCCACGGCAGCGCCAUUCAGGAUAGACCUCCAGGAGACGCACGUACUCCUUGCGAAACGGUGUCUGACGUAUCUGUCCUUUGAAGAUUUCGAGUUGGGACCCACGAGAGAUGAAGCGGAGUUUGAGAAGAGGGUUGAGGAUCACCCGUUUCUGAGGUACGCUUCGCAGAACUGGCCGCUGCACGCUCUGCGAUAUUCUCCCGAUCGGGAUGAUGUGGAAUUUCUGGCCCUAGCGAACGGCUUCCUGAACCCCUCCGCCGUGGGUGAGAAUCUACUGGCGUGGGCGCAGGCACGGCAUGUGGAGGAGGUGGGAGUGGCGGGGAAGUGGGAUGGCUAUUUAGACUGUGAGGUUGUUAAGGUGCUGUUGAAGAAGGAGAAGCAAGAGAUCGAGGCCUUGAUUAAAGAUCCCUGGGCUCUGGCGGGGUGUGAGUGUUUUGGUGGCGGAGGGAGUGGUGGAGGGAGGGUCGCUAUUUGA